AUUGGACGAUUAUCUGAUAUUGUGAUAUGACUUAACAAAUUUUGUGAUUUUUUUAGUAUCUGAUUCAUGGAUUUUUAUUAAUUUUGAUUUGCUUAUAUGUUAGUCACGUGAUAAAACAUGGAACAAUGGAAAUGCAUAAAAUACUUUUUCAGGCAGCAUUGGCAACGGCACAAGUCAUAUGACAGAAAUGGUUGAAAAAGGGAUAUACGUGCUGAUCCUUUUACUGACUACGAUAGGAUAUUCGCAUGGUCAGUGUGAUAAUGCAGUGACCCUUAGUUAUAUAUCCGAGAGGCUUGUUGGAAAUGCAAUAUCAGAUGAAGCUACCCCUAUUUGCGAUUAUUUUUUGGAUGAAGGAUGGUAUUCAAUGGGAAAGUAUGUUUUAGCAGAUAAUUCUGAUCCAUGUCAAACGACUUAUAAUUGGUAUAUGACGGGUGUUCUUCCUCAGACACCAAAUGUCGAAACCACAAUUACAGCUUGUAAAAAUACACUUCACAACGCUUGCGCUGAAACCAUGGAACUAUUGACUAAAUUGUGCGAUAACGGGAACUAUGUGUUUUACCUAAUUCCACCGAACGGUUGCUCGGAGGCAUAUUGUUUAAAGGAUCCUGACAACAACGGCGGUACUCCUGCGCCAGACAUGAGUUCUGUGCCAAUUCCAGUUGUAGAAGUGGACAUCUUUGAUGCAAAAGAAUUGGUGUUUUAUUGCAUCUUUAAUGGACCGUCUGAGCCAUAUUAUUAUGAUAUCGAUUGGAGUUUAUCAACUGGAUUAUCCUUGGCAAAUAAAAUCAAGUCAUAUAAAGAGAUAAAAUAUGUAUCCACUCACGCAUUUCGAUCAGCAACUAUGCUCAGAGAAUCACAUCUCAAGUCAUAUGGAAUUGAAAAACUUGGGUUUUCUCUUGCGUGCUCUUUCAAAGCAAAAGUUGAUUUAGGUGGUAUGUACAGUGAAAGCAAAGUCAGUAACAAGAAAUUCUGUGGAGUUGAGGUGAGCAAUAACAGCUGGGUUAGUAUUGAUAAGAAUUCGGCUGAAAAGGUGCAAAUGCGCCUUACAGUACCUUUUACCUUUACUAAAGAUGGUUUUAUACGAUUCGUUUUAUUUAUUCCCUCCGUUAAUGAAUGUAAACUAUCACAAGUGGUUUUAAGGCAAAACGUAAGAAAUUCUUGCGGAGUGGUAUUCACAAACGACGAUGUUAAGAAUGGCAUUUGGAAACCAUUAACUAUUUCGGGCGAAAUUGGAGCACAGCCUGGAGAAUUCAACAGAAUAUUUGCCUUGCAACUGUACUCAGUUCCAUUCGGCCACGCCAUAUUCGAUAACUAUCUACCUGAUCCUAUUCAUAUACAAUUGACAUCAGACACACUGUCAGUAGACGGGAAGAAAUGCUACGCCCAUAGCGAUCCACAUAUGUUCACUUUUGAUGGAAGAAAAUACGAAAAUCAGAAUCCCGGAACAUUCAUUUUACACAGAAAUGAAGUUCAAAAUGUUGAGACACAAAUAAAAACGGACAAGUGUCCGAACCAUUUUACCCAUCAUAUAAGACCAUGGUGUGUCUGUGGGGUUGCAGUGCGUGCUGGAAGAGACAUAUUUAAAAUUGAUAACUGUGGAACAGGGGGUAAAGUUGAUCCUCGAUUUGAGAGAUGUGACGAUCGUGUCUUACAACGAAAGGUUAAAAGAAAAAAAGGAGGAAAGGAAUAUAGGGUUUACCUCCCAAGUGGGACAGAAGUUUUGAUCCAAAUGAACUGGCAGACUUUUCUUGAAAUAGAUAUAUUUCCAUCUAUUCUUGAUGCAAAAGUAUCAACCGGCUUAUGCGGAAACUUUGACAAUAUCAAGGAAAAUGAUCCAGAUAAAAACACAGCAUUAACUUGGAGCGUGGGCGAGACUACGGACUUGUUCAACCUUCACAAACACCAGAGCAUAAAACCUUGGAAAUUGGAAAAAUACAUGUGUGUAUGUAAUGAGAAAAACAGUGUAGAAAAUACAUUUCCUACAGCCAAGUGCGAUACAUCUGAAAUGAGAAAGUGUGUACAUGAUAGUUUAACAGACGUCAAACACGCAAUGUGCUCCCUUUCUCCAGUAAAAAGAUCUACAAAUUAUGUGUUUCACGCAAUUGAUACACAUAAGUCUACUGAGACAAACUUUAGAAGUCUUUAUCAACAGAGGGCGAAGGAACAUACGGUAUUAAGAAGAAGCACAUACACAGAAGAAACGGCCAGAGAAGAUUGCAUUAACGCAAUGAAUACAACAUUGUUUCAAAUUUGCUCCAAUCUUCCUACACUAAAUAUGGAGUCAUUUAUAGAUAAUUGCGUCUCAGAUGCUUUAAUUACCAAUUCUAUGGACUGGACCAACAUACACAUUGAAGGGAUAAAAACACAAUGUUUAUAUAAUAUAGAACUUAAUCAGCCAAUAUCUGAUUCUGUUUUGUCAGAGCUGAACGAAAUAACAAAAGACCCAAAUGACUUUAACAGAAAUAACACUGAAUUAAAUAGCACAACAACUACUACACGCUCUCCUACUACAUCUCAUGAGACACCAGUACAAAAGCCUCCAUUUAAAAUUACACCCGAAAUGCUAGUUGUCGUGAACUCAUUGAGCUGUUUGAACGAUUGUAGUCAACACGGAAAGUGCAAAAAUGGAACGUGCGAUUGUGAUCAAGGAUAUAUGGACAUUGACUGUUCUUUGCAUGAAGACGAUGCACCAUAUAUGCUUGGCAUACCCGACCUGGGACUUUGUGAUGUAAGACAACGAAAAUGUCAGCAAACCUCUGUUUUUGCACAGAAUGUUGUUGAAUCUGAUACUUUGACAUGCAAAAUGCAAGCAUUUCAGAUUAUAAAUAAUGGACAGACGAAAGAACAAGCUACAAUGACAAACAAUGCUUCAUUGGAAUCAUUCACACAAGUUACAUGUGAAUUACCUUUCGUAAGGAACAAAAGAUCAGCAAAUGAAGAAAUGAACGACAAUGUCAUAGCUCAUGGCUACCGUGUUUCUAUUAGUAAUAAUAGAAAAGCAUAUAGUGAAGAAGAUGUCAUCAUUAUUUUAGACUCUGAAUGCAUCAACUGCUCAAAAACUGCGGAGUCAUUUCUUUGUACUAAAAAACCCAAUUACUGUGUCAACAAUGGGAACUGCUUCAAUCCAGGAGAUUAUUCAGGUUGUUACAUCUGCAAUGGCGAUAAUCCUAAUAUGGCUGUUUGGACUCCUGGGCCUGAAUGCCCUACACAAACACACCAACCAACAGAAAAGAAUAAUUACUGGAUUAUUGGAGCUACUUUAGGCCCAGCUGCACUGAUUCUGGGAAUCGUACUUGUUGUUUUGUUUUAUAAAUCGAAAUUACACCCGAAAGAUGGGAAGAAUAUAGGCUCUGUCAACCCUAUAUACAUUAAUAGUUAGAUACUUGUGAAUAUUCUUCGUCAACGAGCUUGCUUUAUCCGGAAAAAAGGCUAACGAAUACACGGAAUUUUACUUGUUUCAAAGCGUAGACUUUAUUUGCAAUACAAUAUGUUCGUCGCUUUUCUUAUAAAUUGAAAUAUUAUAAACUUAAUUAACGUUAUUUUGAAUUACAACUAUAAUUACGAAUUUCUUACAUAUUGUACAUUUCACCAUGAUAUACAGAAGACAACGAUUUGACAAUUUUAAAACAUGACAAUGCUUUUUAUCAUUGAACAUGCUACUGUGUUAAUGUGUGUUUCCCAAAUAGCUAUUAACUACACAAUACUUAUUACUUACUUAUUUUCGAAAAGAAAACAAUAUAUAUUUAUUUUCGGAAGAAGACCUUUUUGACUCAACGACUAAAAUUUCUAAAAUUUGU